ACCAUCCAUCCUGCCUGCCUGCCGUCUUCGAGCUCAUGCCUAAAUGAGGCUACAUUACGCAAUUCCCAAGAUUCGUCCGAAAUCGUGCCUGAUCACAUAUUCACAUGCCCGAAUACUUCCUCCCAGGUUCGCACAUUUCAAACAGACUCAGUUGUUUCUAUCUCACCAGACUAUAUUACAUGAAUUAUACCUAAGGAAUUUGCUAACAGCAUCACGGCCUUGGUGGGGACAUCUUCAAAGGUGCUUCCUAUGUUUGGAAGCACGCACCUCAUCAUAUCUACCCCUUUGCAACCGACCCCAAAACUAUACCCAAAUGAAUAACUUUACCUACUUACAAAGUAGGAAGUCGCUUAUAGUAGGCGCACUAUGUAGACAACUCGCUCGUCGCCCGCGCUUGUGUUGCUCUUGCCGCCGUCGUAGACUUGUCCGUUUGCAAAGGGUAUUCUUGGCGGUUCAUGUCUGCAUGGCAUUCGGCUGGGAAGCUCAGCUUCUCGCCCUUCGAGUUGUCACGGUUUAACGCAAGGAGAUAUUUACCCUCUAUGAAGUAGUAAGUAAGAGAAAUACUCAAACAGAUAUACGUCAGUCUAGAAGAGGGGCUUUACCGCUAUGAGUGAUAAGGAUAAAUUAUCACGGCAGCAUCGUCUUGUGCAAUGCAUAGGUACUACCUACAAAAUACCAAUAGUGAAAUAGAC